AUGAAGGAAGGAGAUGAAAAGAGGAAGAGAGAAGAAGACAGCCUGGAGAAGAACAUCAAGAAGAAGAGGAUUGGACCCAACGCCAGAGUGUUGGAGGAUGAGGAGCCAAGAGCAGGCCCCAGCACCGCUGUAACACCCCGAUCCAACCCCCAGCUUUCCAUCAGCGGGUUUGACUUCCAUCAGGUGCUGGGUGAGGGCGGCUUUGGCAAAGUGGUCUUGGCAUCUGUCCGUGGACGAAACACCGACAAGGCCAUAAAAAUCAUCAUCAAAGAGGACAAUGCAGAAGACCUACAGCGAGAGAGGCGGAUACUCCUGGCGGCCAGAGACUGUCCAUUCCUGUGUCAUCUCUAUGCCGCACUGCAGUCUCAGGGCCAUGCCUAUUUCAUCAUGGAGUAUUUGUCCGGUGGCAGCCUGAAGGAUCUGAUUGAUAACAACACGCUGAGCACCAAGAUCGUGCGGGUCUACACAGCAGAACUAAUCUGUGGCAUCCAGUUCCUCCACGGCCAUGGCAUCGCCCAUCGAGACAUCAAGCCAGCCAACAUCAUGCUGGAUACAGAUGGUCACAUUCGAAUCAUAGACCUGGGGCUGGCACAAGACGGCCUGACUGCGUCCAGUAAGAUCUAUGGACAUGCAGGAACAUACCGUUACAUGGCCCCAGAGGUGCACCUGGGGAAAUCUUACACUGUAGCAGUGGACUGGUGGAGCCUGGGGAUACUUGUGUCCAAAAUGUCAUCUGGACGUUACCCAUUUUACAGUGGCCGCCAGAGGAAAAAGGUUUAUGAGUCAAUUACCACCGAGCAGCCAACAUUUCCACCAUGGCUGGAUGUAAACCUGAAAGAUCUAAUUAAAGCACUGCUACAGAAAGACCCAGAGAAGCGCUUGGGUGUGUCAGAAAACAUCAGAGCCCACCUAUUUUUCGAAACCAUCUGUUGGGAGGAAAUGGAGAUGAGGAGCGCGGAGCCUCCCUUUAGACCUCUCCAUCAUGAUCUAAAGAGGAGCCAUCUGGAGUGGUCGGAAAAUGAACCAGCUGUUCAUCCUGUGUCCGGCUUUUCCUUCCUGUCACCUAGCUGGACACAGUAG